CACACGCAUAAGCCUCGCUCACAUUUUAUUCAUACACCCCACUACCGAUCGAUCGUAUCAAACAUGCAAGCAGAAGGCGAGAAUUCAAGCAGUAGUCGGGUAUCAAAAGCCACCAAGCUCUUUGCGGUGGCCUUGGUCGGAUCGGCUUUGUUGGUCGCCAGCGUUCUGCAACUAGAAGAGAAUCAACAUGCCGCCGAAACUCGUCAAUUGCGCCAAAAGCCAAAGUCAGGCUUUCGCGUCGGCGGUCUAAAAGGCGUCAAGAACUCUCGAUCCCUGCAAACGAAUACCGGAACUAUCGAUUUAGAUGCAGGAGGCAGCGGAACCGGCGAGGUAGGCAUCAAUGCCCAGGCGCCCGUAGGAGGCAACGGUGGGGCGAAAGGAACUUCCAAGAGCGGCGGAACUCUCGUUGCCAACGGCUCGGCCGCUGCCAUUGAUGGCCGGGCCAAAGGAAUGUUUGCGGGUGGUGCCGAUCUCCUAGCCGAAACCGAAAAUACGGGCACUGUCGAAGGUUCCACGAAAGGUUACGGAAGUGGUGUGGGUGAAUUUGCUGGACAGUUUGGUGAUUCAACUCCCGCUCCGAAUGCUGCGACGGCGGUACCCGAACCAUAUGCUUCUAUUGAAGGAGGUGGUAACGUAAAAACAAACAUUGCCGGAGUUGGUGCUGGUAGCCCGGAUUCCACAGGCAAUAGCACGAUCCAAGGUAACGGUUCAGGUUCCGGUUUCGCAGCCGGUGUCGGAACGAUCAACAACAGCACAGAACCCACCGGAACCGUGCUCGCGUAUGGAUACAUGACUUCAGCAGGAAGUAUGGGAGGAGAAGCGACAGUCUACGGCCCCGAUGCGAACGGUACUAGCUUUAAUACUACCUUUGCUGGAGCAACAGACAAUGAGUUUAGCGGUGGAGCUGGAAACGGCUACGUGCCAGAGGCGGAAGAAGCGGCACCGUAGUUUUCUUCUAUGUGUAUCUUUGUACCAAAGGUGGUGAUCAUCGCGGAAAGGAAAAGUAGUCGAUUUGUCUCGGAGACGAUUUCUUUCAUACCAAACAAAUAGAUGUUGUCGCUACCGUCUCAUAAAAAAUGCUGUAGUAAGGUUAGAUGAGAGACAAAAGUCAAAUCUUC